AUGAGUGAUAUACCCAAAGUUCGUAUUUCCCAAGUUAAACCAUUUUCACAGUGUGGAGUGGAUUAUAUGGGCCCCAUACCACUUACCAUGUCUAGGCGUAGAGGUGUUCAAAGCCAAAAGGGCUAUAUAUGUCUGUUUGUGUGCAUGGUUACCAAAGCCCUACACCUAGAAGUAGCGUCCGAUUUGUCCUCUGAAUGCUUUUUAGCGGCAUUUAGACGCUUUGUUUCACGUCGUGGCAGAUGCUCUGAUAUGUACAGUGACCAAGGCACCAAUUUUGUAGGUGCUUCCCGAAUGCUUUUGUUCUAUCUGCAGGGUUCGGCGGAAACGUUGACUAUUCAAUGGCACUUUAAUCCGCCUUCCGCACCACACUUCGGAGGCCUGUGGGAGGCAGGUGUUAAAUCGGUUAAAGCGCAUCUUGCGAGAGUGAUAGGUCAACAAGUAUUAUCCUUUGAGGAAAUGUCCACUGUUUUGGCGCAAUGUGAAGCCAUUUUGAAUUCCAGACCACUCUGUGAGAUGAGUUCCAACCCCAAUGAUUUAGAGUGUCUGACUCCUGGUCAUUUCCUGACCAUGGAAGCUCUUACCGCCCCUCCUGAUGAGGCACUAAUCGAUAUCCCUUUUCAUCGACUGAAACGUUGGCAAUUGAUUCAGCAAUUGCACCAAAGCUUCUGGAAACGUUGGUCUUUGGAAUACCUAAAUCGAUUGCAACAACGCAAUAAAUGGACUCUCCCUGACCGUUGUCCAAAAGUUGGCUCUCUUGUCGUAAUCAAAGACAAUAACCAACCCCCUCUUAAUUGGCUUAUUGGUAGGCUGGAAAGGAUUUACUCCAGUCCCGAUAACGUUCCCAGAGUUGUGCAAAUUCGUACAACGAAAGGACUAUUGGACCGACCCCUAAUAAAGGUUUGUCCUUUGCCAUCUCAAUAA